UUUAUUCAACAUGGAAAGCUCGUAUCGCCGAAAAUGGGCUAUUGAGAUUUAUGCAAAUGAGGUGCAAAGCCUAAGUACGGGGAUAGUAUGCAUUUUGUGAUACAUUCUCAAUUUUCAUGUACAAAGUUAAAUAGCUCGCCUUCAAUUCUCACGGAAUAAUAAUUGGCCACAUUACUGAAUCAGUACCAUCAUGAGAUACAUUACACAUCAAAAUCCGUACCCAACUUUUAAUAUCUUCUCAUCAUCUUCACUAAUUACCGAAGCCGACAGAAUUUAAAGCUGAUGUGACGCCAUGGCCGGAUUAGCUUCCAAUUUUAUUUGUACUUACUAAUCAAACUACUGCUACCUGUGAUGACGACAUAUCAUCUCAUAAAUAGAUAAGUGCUUUAUUUAUUUUGCAAAUUAUGAAGAUAAAUCGCCCUAGUAGCAAUUUUGCAAAUUUUAUAUGCCAAAGUGAGUUGUGCGAUUUCAUAGAAAAUCGGGCCCCCAAAAUGGGACAUGCUCUCUCUCACUCUGCUCCGGUGGGGAAAAGCGGGCUGAGGUGAAAUCAACCUCUCGGAACCACCAUCACGCACCACCAGAAGAAAUUAUGAGAACCACUUCUUCCACCACCAACCAAUCUAUCUCUUGCUCGAUCUAACAUGAGAAGAACUAGUUAAACUUUUAACCAACCUACAUUUAUUUAUAAGCUAGUUAUUUUUACAUUCUCUCGCAAAUUCAUUCACUUAUUAUCGUCACCAAUUUGAGGGUUAAAUGAACUGAAAAAUAAAGAUUUGUAGUAUGAAAGAAGUAGUGGUCAAUCAAUGCAUUGCAUGACGGGCACGUAGUCGGUCGGCCCACGAACGAAGUAAGUAUGAUCCGAUAUAGUUUGUUUUGUGUGGGGUUAAAAAUUUUGGAUUGAAAUUUUGAAACGAAUGAAAUUAGGAAGAGUUUUAAGUGGUAUUAUUUUCCAAGUGCUGGUGAUGUUUGAUGAAGUCGUCUCAUCUCGUAUUAUGUAUUAGUGACGUUGAAUAGUGGUGCAUGUUACGUGAGAUAAUGCUUGACAAUGUUCACAUUAGACGAAAUCAAGAUAAGGAGAAUGGUGAUUAAGAAGAAUUAUGAUAGAAAUAUUUGUAUUAGUCAAUUCGUUAAAGGAGAUGAUCUAGAAGAUGUGUAACGAGUGCAAUAUCAUGCAUCAAAAGGAUUUGACUGUGGUAAGAACGAUCAAAAUCUCCCACUAGGACAAUCCAAGACCACCUUUUCUUGUCAUAAUACAACCAAAAAUCAAGAUUACUAAAAGAAGCCAAAAAUAGUAAAAUUCGAUUGAUAUUCGAAUUCUACUUCCAUAACAGCACCUUAUUUCGUCAAUGAUCUGCCAAGAUAAAAGUGCAACAUAAACUUACAAGAGUCUCUCAGGAAUAUUUUAGUGAUCAACCAGAUGGCCACUGCUGGAACCGAUUCUGGGGUGGAAACUGGCAAUGAAAGCAAUGACUUGGACGACAUUAGCAUAAAUGUAAAUGUGAUUAACGAGAUGGGUGACCCAAUCUCUCUAGAGGACUGUCGCCACUCUUCGUCUUUUGAAUCUGGACUGAACCAAUUCCCAAACCAAAGUCCUGGCUCGGAUGAGAAGGAUGUUCCUCCUCCACCCCCUCCGCCCACCUCCCCAAACAUUUGUGGAUCUGAUCUCUUCCUAGAUGAUGUUGGUGGUGGGAACGAAUUUUCUUCCGACAGUUUGGACGGAAUGCAAGGAGACCCAGCAGAAGACUGUGAGCUAGAAGAGGACGACGGCGGUGGUGGUGGAGACAUGGACGAAAUGACGAUGGAUCGAGACUUUAAUGAAGAACAGGAACAUGAGGAUCGGCAAGAGUCGUCGGGACAAGGAAGUUAUACCCCAUCGCCUCCUUUUUUGAAUGAUUUCCCAUCUUCUCUGACCCACCCCGGACGGGACAACUUUAAUCAUUUGAAUAAUUCUGGAAAUCAGUUUGCGUAUCAGCCAUCCGAGUUCCUCCACUGCCGUGCUGCUUCCACCAUGGAUGGAUUUACUCACGCUGUGGGGGAAUUUUCCCUCCUUCAUCAUCAUCAUCAAUCCACUGCUUUCCAUUCAGCCUGCUCGCCCCCACCUGUCCCACCAGCUACGCCUACAAAUUCAAACUCCUGCCGAGCACUUGUAAAGUUCGAGUUCCCGGAGCUUCCGAAAUUGGUUUGUGAUUUUGAGCCACCGGCCGGCCUGCAGUCUUUCCUCGGCGUGGAGCCCUUCCAUUCGCUGGAUGGAUCAAACAGGAGCGGAUACAAUGUUUUAAAUACUUCGCCAAGUACUAAUGACUGCAGAUCUCUGAUUCCGUAUGAGAAUAAUUACGAGCAACACGAUUUGCACCAAAAAGUCCGGAUGCACACACGCGUCGUUCGCAAUAAGCUUUAUGAUAACUGGUCCAACCUUAGGAGAGAGUACAAUGAGAGACGACUGAGAACCUCCACUAGCGCUGGCAAUCAUUUGAUGGUUCUUAAGCUUUUGGGGAGUGGUGUGGAUGCCAAUGCUGCGGAUGAAUUAGGACGAACCCCUUUGCAUAUCGCCGCAUGCAAAGGUUUCAGCGAAAUUGUCAGGCUAUUGUUGCAACAUGGAGCUAAUCCAAAUCAAAAAGAUUCUGUGGGGAACACCCCGCUACACCUUUCUGCAUGCACUAAUCACUUUGACGUGGUCACUGACCUACUCAGAGCUGGAACAGAUGUUAGCACCUUAGACAAUAACGGGCGCAACCCACUCCAAUUGGCACAAUCCAAAUUGAAACUAAUCAUGCAAUGUGCAAAGUCCGGUAAUGAGGAUGCCCUUCGUGUAAAGAAGGAAGUCCAACAAAUUAUUGAAAUGAUGACCGAGUACUUACAGAAAAAGGGUCAGGAUUUGGAAGCUGAAUUGCUCAACGAGUUCGCCAACAGACUUACACUCAGCCAAACUCCCCAAGAAGUUGACGACUUGUUAGCUAAUUUGUCCAGUUUGUCAAUUACCUCGCCGCAUAACCCUGGAAGCGGCGGUGCCAGUGGAGCCAGGAGUCGUGCCAUGACUUACUGCAACCCCAAGACACCCCCAAGAAAUCCGUAUCUGAUCCACCACUUGAAUCCCAACUUGGCACGACCAAGGUCUGCCUCAUUUUCCGCUCCGUCGUCACAGCCACUCCCACCACCUUGUUCCACCUCCUCGUCGUCAUCAAUCUCUCCCUCUCAAUCUUCUAGAAAUAUUAUCAAGCCCGGAAUUCUUUCCAGAAGAAGUCCAACUGUGCACGAGGAGCAGCAAAUUUUAAUGAGCCAGUGUAACAAGGAUUGACAUAUGAAGUCAGACUUAUUCAAAGAAGAAGAAGCGCAGCUAUGAUGAUUUAUCCCUUUUCCCUGCUGCAACUUCUCGUAUAAAAGUUAGUGAACUGGUAAUAAUAAACGCUACAAGUGAAGAAGAUGAUACAAUUAUUUUUGAAUUCAGCUAAGUAUACUACUAAGAUUAGGAAUGGGUAAUCCGAUCCGACGGAUUGAUCCGAGUAUUUACUAAAGCAUUGAACAAUCCGAUCCGAUCCGAUCCGACCAUUUAAACUCGGAUCGGAUUACCCAUUCCUAACUAAGAUUUAAAAGGAACAUAGAUUAUAAUACUACGAUAUCGGAAUUGGAUACGGCUGAUAACAAUGUUUUUUUUAAGUUUGCUUACUUCAGCUAGAGUUAAUUAUUAACCCAUUUUAAUUAAAACUGGUAAGAAAUAAACAAAAGUGUCCUCCAGUAAUAUAAUCUAGAUUACCUACGUACCUACGUGCGAGUACUGAAUGAAAUGAAAUGAAACAAUUAAUCGAUAUUGUUCUUGUCCUGGAAUGAUCAAUGAAGCAUAUAAUUCUCACGGAUAAUUUGUCAGUCAACACAGCCACGAAGUGAGCAAUCUCACCUAUCCAGUAAAUAUAAAUAUUUAGGGAAGGACUAUUGUUAAUUUUUGCUAAUCUUAAGUUUAGGUUGUGUAAUAAUUAUUAGAUUAUAUGUAGAGACAUAAUGUGCAGUUAUAACAUUUCAGUAAUAAUGUUUAAUGUUAUAAACCUGUAUAAAAUAAUAUAUCCAUAUUAUUAUGACUAUACUGUGACUAUUAUAACCACAACGGGAAGAAUAAAGGAACUACACAAGCAAACAUA